UUUAUUCGGAUGAAAUUAGUUGUGAAGGAUCUUUAGCUUUAUAAUUUUGCCGUAGUAAAAUUAAUAAACCCUCUUUUAAGUCAUCUUAAAAAUAAAAUGGCAAGCGAUGUCUCAGCAUCUUCUUAAAGAAUAAUUUGGAAGACAAUAAUGGCGACGCAGAAACCUGUGGAAUGGGUUACGGCCCUCAUUACAAGGUUUGAGGACCAGUUACCCUGCAGGACGGGUCCUCAGCCACAUCAUUCAAGGAUAAACGUCCAACAGAACAAAGAUUGUCUCAUUCAGAUUUCUAAAUUCAAGUUUUCUCUCGUCAUAUCAGGACUCACCAAGAUUCUACAGCGCAUCAAUGAGCUCCGACCAACGCAUACCGAGUUUGAGAGAGAUUAUUACGAGUCUCUCCUCAUUGUUCUGGAUACUCUAGAGAGAUGUUUAUCAUCGCAGGCUGGUGAUACGACUAUAAGAUAUGAUGAGGCAAUGAACGUAAAGCUUCUUCUCAGAGAGAUCUGCCAGUUCUUAGAGCCAGGACGAGAAGUUAGCACGAACAGUUAUUCAGAUACAGGAAGAGAUCAACUGAAAAGUAUAGCGUCGAAGGUUUUGUUUGCGCUCUCUGUUAAUAACUUCAACGCCGUUUUCUCCAGAAUAUCUGGGAGACUACAGGAACUGUCUGUAGCUAAUGAAGAACAAUCAGAUCAUACAGAUAUUGAACUCAUUCAACAUAUCAAUCUAGAUAUUACUAGGCUGUUAAAACUGCUGGCUGAAGUGAUUGCUAAGUUCAGAACCUUGAAGAAGAGCGCUCACCUGGUGUUGAUGCAGAGCCUGGAGAAGGCAAUCUGGAACUGGAUGGAUACUUAUCCUCAGGAGUUCAUUGAUCUUCAGAAGAAUAGCAAUGAAGAACUCACUAAGUGUUGUGAGAAUUUCUUCGACCUGUUGGACAAUUUUGCUGAAACAAAGAACAAACACAGACACGCAAUCUGGCCGCUUCAGAUGAUGUUAUUAAUCCUCACUCCCACUAUACUUGAAGAGAUUAAUAAUGCAGAUUCAGGAGCUCCAUGCAGUCAGAGGCAUUUGAAGAAAAAAGCAUUUAUUGACUCCAUCAAGAAGUGCCUUCAAACCCAUGGAUCAUCUAGCAAAUCGAUUAUUGAAGCUGGGGCCAUCACAUGCGUCAAGCUGUGCAAGGCGGCGACCUACAUCAACGUGUUGGACAGCAAUAAUGUGAUCUUUAGCCUCGUCCAGACAGUGAUCAAUGAUCUCAAGAAUUUACUCUUUAAGGUGGAUAAACCGUUUUCACGGGGCUGCUUGUACUUGAAAGAGGACGUAGAUCUGAUGAUAGAUUGCUUCCUAGCUAACUUUAGAAUAAACCCACAUAACAAUGAUACUUUAAAGGUUUGUCUGAACACGAAUUCUCCCAGCUUGUACCACCAUGUUCUUGUAUCAGCUCUAUACAGAAUUAUCACACAACCUCGGCUGGCCUGGUGGCCCCAGAUAGAUAUGCUCUACAGUAAAUCCGCAGAACUCAGGGCAAUGUUUACAGAGACUUUAACACGUGUCACCCAAGGAUACAUCAGCCAUCAGCCCGUCAAGAUGAUCCCAAGCAUAGAUUUCAGCAAGAAGGUUGCCGUGAAGUUCAACAACAAGACAACCAGCGAGGAGAGCGGGUUCCAGAAACACCUCCUGCUCUGUAUGGUCCGGUUAACACAUGCGGAUCCUAUGCUCUUGUUGAAUAGUCAGGGUAAACCUGGACAUGAAAUACAGAGCUCAACCCUUGAGCUGAUCAAUGGUCUUGUUUCUCUGGUUUAUCAACCAGGAAUGCCGGAUGUAGCCCAAGAAGCAAUGGAUGCCCUGAGCAAGCUCCAUGAGCCAGAUAAGAUUGAAUUAUGGAAUCCAGAGGCGCCAAUCAACACGUUCUGGGACAUCUCCAGCCAGGUAUUGUUCACCAUGUCCCAGAAGUUAAUACAGCAUCAGAUCCUUAACUACACCGACAUCUUGAAGUGGAUGAGGGAGAUUCUGGUCUGUAGGAACCAGUUCCUUUUGCGUCAUCGUGAAUACGCAAAUGUUGGUUGCGGGAUUGCCAUUUGUCGUCAGGCACAUAUCAAGCUUGAGGUCGUCUUUUUUAUGUAUCUUUGGUCUAUAGACAUGGAAGCAGUUGCUGUAGCAAUGUCCUGCUUCUCUCUACUUUGUGAAGAAGCUGAUAUUAGAGCAGUAAGUGACAUGACCGGCCCGUACCAGCUGCCCAACUACCAUGUGUACCAGGAGCUGGCUCAGGCGAGCACAAUCCUUACUACAGGACGUGCUGCUCUGCAGAAGCGUGUGAUGUCAAUGCUGAGAAAGAUUGAGUUGUCUACUAUAGGAGUCUGUCAGGCCUGGGAUGAUACCUUCAUGAACUGGGAAGGAUCAACCAAGCAUUUAUCCCAGUAUCCUAAAACUAAAGAUGAAUCUGUUGGAAUUCAAGGAGAAGGAUUUCAUAGAAUGGGCAAAAGACGUGCUAGCCAUCAUUCUACAGACCAUGAGCUGGAGGACCAGGUGGCAGAGUGGGCGAAUAUGACAGGAUUUCUGGUUGCUCUUGGUGGAGUUUGCCUUCAGAGGAAAUCGCCUGCCUCUGCUAGGCAAGAUCUGGGAAGAGGGCGGGGAAUAUCUGCCCUCCCCCACUCAGCUGGGCAGGAUAUGCAAUAUUGUCCUGUAACUCAGUUUCUUGGUCAUCUCUUAAGACUUCUUGUUUGUCCAAAUGAAAAGUUUGGAACCCAGAUUCAGAAACAUGUCAAAGAACUUGUCGGGCAUGAUAUGAGUCCUGCGCUCUAUCCAAUUCUCUUUGAUCAAAUCAAGAUAAUUGUGGAAAAAUUCUUUGAUCAAAUGGGACAAGUUAUUGUGAACGACACAAACACACAGUUCAUUGAACACAUUAUCUUCAUCAUGAAGAACGUGUUGGAGCCUGGUAGCUCAGGUAAAGGUGGAGAGCAGGGUCAGCAGCCUGGGCAGGAGCAUACAGAGAAUCUAGGACAGACCAGUAUUGAACUAAUGAUGCUGGCAAUAGUUAGAUAUGUCAGACAUCUAGAUACUACAGUUCUAGCUCUUCAUAUUAAAACAAGACUUUGCCAACUAGUGGAGGCCAUGAUGAAGAGGAGGGAUGAUCUAGCAUUCAGGCAGGAGAUGAGGUUCAGGAACAAGCUGGUGGAGUACCUCACUGACUGGUGUAUGGGCAACUCCCAUCAGAUAGCUCCUCCUGCCGCUGGAGAUGUGACAGCUAUUACCAGGGAUCUUGAUGAAGCAUGUAUGCAUGCUGUUGCAGCUCUUCUACAAGGGCUUCCUCUUCAAUCUGAAGAGUCAGAUAGAGGGGAUCUGAUGGAAGCAAAGAGUCAGUUGUUCUUAAAAUACUUUACCCUGUUCAUGAACCUACUGAAUGACUGUGGUGAAGCUGGAGGAACUGUUAUAUCUGGACAUGAAGGGAAGGAGGAGGGAGCUGGUAAUAUUCAACUAGGAGCUAGACCUAGACAUUCAAACACAGGAAAUAAUAAUAGUCUAAGGAAUGCAACCAUCCAGGCAAUGUCAAACCUGCUCUCAGCUAAUAUUGACUCCGGGUUGAUGCAUAGUAUAGGACUAGGAUAUCACAAAGAUCUGCAGACUAGAGCAGCAUUUAUGGAAGUUCUAACAAAGAUAUUGCAACAAGGAACCGAAUUUGAUACCCUGGCAGAGACUGUUCUGGCAGACAGGUUUGAACAACUGGUUCAGUUGGUAACCAUGAUUGGGGACAAGGGUGAGCUGCCAAUAGCAAUUGCCCUUUCAAAUGUUGUUACUUCAAAUCAGAUGGACGAACUCGCCAGAGUUUUUGUAACACUCUUCGACGCCAAGCAUUUACUCUCUCCCCUGCUUUGGAAUAUGUUCUACAGAGAGGUUGAGGUCUCAGACUGUAUGCAGACUCUUUUCAGAGGAAAUUCUCUUGGGAGCAAGAUCAUGGCGUUCUGUUUCAAAAUAUACGGAGCAACAUUUCUCCAGGGUUUGUUAGAACCCUUGAUACAGGAGAUGAUAGAUAAUGCUGAUGGAGUCAGUUUUGAAGUAGAUCCUGCCAGAAUGGAACCUUUUGAAACUCUUGAGGAUAAUCAACAGAACCUAGCAGAGAUCACUCAGAAGGUGUUCAACGCCAUAGUAUCAUCAGCAGAUAGGUUUCCGUCCCAGCUUCGCUCCAUGUGUCACUGUCUCUAUCAGGUUCUUUGUAAGAGGUUUCCACAGUCAAUUCAGAACAAUAUCGGAGCUGUAGGAACUGUUCUAUUCCUCAGGUUUAUUAAUCCUGCAAUAGUUUCUCCAUAUGAGAUGGGGAUUGUAGAGAAACAACCCCCUGCACACAUCAAGAGAGGUCUUAUGCUCAUGUCUAAGAUCCUUCAGAAUAUUGCGAACUACGUCGAGUUCUCCAAAGAACAGCACAUGCUUUACUGCAAUGAGUUUGUCCAGAGAAACUUUGAUGCUGGACGAAGAUUCUUCGUGCAGAUUGCGUCGGACUGCGAGUCUAUUGAUCAUACGCAAUCCCACUCCAUGUCCUUUAUCAGUGACGCAAAUGUACUAGCUCUGCACCGUCUGCUGUGGAACCAUCAGGAGAAGAUUGGAGACUAUCUGUCCUCUAGUAGGGAUCACAAGGCUAUGGGUCGAAGACCGUUUGACAAGAUGGCAACACUCCUGGCUUAUCUAGGUCCUCCAGAACAUAGGGCUGUGGACACACAGUUCCUCUUCUCAAACUUUACGAGGUGGUCAUCCAUGGAUAUGACAAGCACCAAGUUUGAGGAGAUCAUGUCCAAGCACAACAUGCAUGAGAAGGAUGAGUUCAAGUCCAUCAAAUCUUUAAAUAUCUUCUACCAAGCAGGAACCUCAAGGUGUGGCAAUCCUGUCUUCUACUAUAUUGCUCGACGAUACAAGAUCGGAGAGACAAAUGGUGAUCUUCUAAUCUACCAUGUCAUCCUCACCCUCAAACCAUUUUGUCAUAAACCGUUUGAGGUGGUGGUGGACUUCACCCACACCUGCUCCGACAACAGGUUCAGGACGGAGUUUCUACAGAAAUGGUUUGUUGUACUGCCCCAGGUUGCAUACGAGAACAUUCAUCAGGUCUACUUGUACAACUGCAAUUCCUGGGUCAGGGAGUACACCAAGUUUCAUGAUCGUAUUCUAAUGCCGCUGAAGAGUAACAGAAAAUUGAUAUUCAUUGAUGCUCCGAGUAGGUUAAACGACUUUAUAACUCCAGAUCAGCAGAAGCUUCCCGGAGGAACACUUUCUUUAGAUGAGGAUCUUAAAGUAUUCAACAACGCACUAAAGCUUAGUCAUAAAGAUACCAAAGUUAACAUUAAGGUUGGUCCCACCGCUAUUCAGAUUACAUGCGCAGAGAAAACCAAAGUUCUCAGUCACACUGUACUUCUCAACGAUGUGUAUUAUGCUAGUGAGAUAGAGGAGGUGUGCCUGGUCGAUGAUAAUCAGUUUACCCUCACUAUAGCUAAUGAGUCGGGUCCUCUCUCAUUUAUCCACAAUGAUUGUGACUCAAUAGUACAAUCCAUCAUUCAUAUCAGAACUAGAUGGGAGCUGAGUCAACCAGACAGUGUUACAGUUCAUCAGAAGAUUAGACCCAAGGAUGUACCAGGUACGCUUCUUAACAUGGCUCUGCUGAACCUGGGGAGCAGUGAUCCUAAUCUGAGGACUGCAGCUUACAAUCUUCUCUGCGCUCUCACCUCAACAUUUGAUCUCAAGAUAGAAGGCCACCUGCUGGAGACCAACGGGCUCUGUAUCCCAAGUAACAACACAAUCUUUAUCAAGUCAGUUAGUGAGACAUUGGCUAGGAAUGAACCCCAUUUAACCUUAGAGUUCUUAGAGGAAUGUAUUCAAGGUUUCUCAGCCUCUAGUAUUGAGCUAAAGCAUUUGUGUCUGGAGUAUAUGACUCCAUGGCUCCCCAACCUAACUAGGUUCUGUAACUGUAAGCAUCCUGCUGAUGAUACCAAGCGACAGAAAGUUGCUCAUAUCCUUGACAAACUAAUUACCUUGAGUAUAGAGGAGGUGGAGAUGUAUCCAUCUAUCCAGGCCAAGAUCUGGGGUAACAUAGGACAAGUGUCAGAGCUUAUUGAUAUGGUUCUUGACAGCUUUAUUAAGAGAAGUGUGACUGGUGGUUUAGGGAGUGCCCAGGCUGAGGUUAUGGCAGAGACUAGUGUGAGUUUAUCUGCUGCUAAUGUUGCUCUAGUAGCCAGGAAGGUUAUCUGGAGGCUGUGUAGGGUAAUAGAUAAAACUUGUAUCUCUCCAACCAGUCAGCUGGAGCAGCAUAUCAUGUGGGACGACAUUGCAAACCUUGCUAGAUACCUUCUUAUGCUCUCCUUUAACAACAGUCUAGAUGUGUCCAGACAUCUACCCUAUCUGUUCCAUAUUGUUACAUUCCUAGUGUGUGCUGGACCUGUAUCUAUGAGAGCAUCAACACAUGGUCUAGUAAUUAACAUUAUCCACUCCUUGUGCACCUGUACCAAACCUGUAUUCGCAGAGGAGGCUCUUAGAGUCCUUCGUCUGUCCCUUGAUGAAUUCUCCUUGCCAAAGUUUUACCAGUUGUUUGGAAUCUCUAAUGUUCAUAGCGCAGCUACAACAGCAUUCAGGUCAGCUCAUCGGGCUGCUGGAGAGCGCUGGAGUGCUGUGGACCGAUCCUUCUUAUCUAAUAACGACAAGGAGAGACUGUCUCUCUCCUCUUUGGAGGCGAUUACUGACGCUCUACUUGAGAUCAUGGAGGCCUGCUCUCCAAGCCUACCAGAGUGUAACUGGUUGCACACCUGGACUCUUCUUGCCAGAAGCUUUGCUUUUCGAUACAAUCCAGCCCUACAGCCCAGGGGUCUUAUUGUCUUUGGUUGCAUCUCUAAAUCUACCUCGGAUCAGGAUAUUAAACAAUUACUUAGAAUUCUAGUCAAAGCAUUGGAAAGCUUCACUGAUAUAACAUUGAUAGACGCGAUUGUAAUGUGCUUGACCCGUCUCCAGCCCCUGCUAAGACCAGAGUCACCUAUCCAUAAAGCACUGUUCUGGGUUGCAAUCUCUAUUCUGCAGCUUGAUGAGAUAAUCCUGUAUGCCAGUGGACUCUCUCUUUUAGAGCAAAAUCUCCAUACCCUUGACUCCCAGAACAUAUUCGAAACUGAAUCCUUGGACACCAUCAUGUUGGCGACCAGGGAACCUCUAGAAUGGCAUUUUAAGCCGUUGGAUAACAGUGUAGGACUCUCCUUCAGAGGUAACUUUCACUUCGCUCUGGUGGGACAUCUGCUCAAGGGGUUCAGACAUCCCUAUCCUGCAACUGUAACAAGAACAACGAGAGUUCUCUGCAUGCUUCUCAGUAUUGUUGCCAAACCGUACAAGAGGGAUAAGUUCGACGUUACCCCGCACAACGUGGCCUACCUCUCCGCCCUGGUGUCCGUAUCUGAGGAGGUGAGGUCAAGGUGUCAUGUGAAACAUCAGGUUACUCACAUGAAUAGUUCGGAGACCCUGGCCGAGAACUUUGCGGUGGAUAACCAUCUCAGGAUGAACUUUGUAUCACCAUCUAGUCCUGUACAGCCGGAGCCGAGUAACCAGCAUAGGGAUAUUCUUGUAAAUCAGAGGCAGAAAUCAGUUGAAGUUAUGGAUGCGGCAACUGUUGCGCAGGCGCGCACCCUUCGUCUACAGCAGACAGGAAACUAUGGAUAUCAACGUCUUAAAGAGAGAUCUAUGUCAGUUCCUGCCAGACCUGCUAGUCAGGCCAGCACUGUAACUAUCCUGACCAACCUCACCAACGAUGAAACAGAUUCAAACUUUGGAGGAGAGUCCCCCAGAGUGGAAGAGAAGGACCUCCCUGGAGGACUAAGAGAAGGUGAGGCUAGGUUCUAUCUCGAGGAUGGAGCCCAGGAGGACCGAGGACAAGAUUAUAGAAAUCUUGAGGAAAGAGGUCAAUCAUCAAGAGAAGACAUGGAUAAGCUGAUAGAUCGACAGGUCUGUCUACAAGGGAAAUGAUAACUUUGAACACUC